CUUUGGUAGAUGGCAGGAAGCUGCACAAUUAUUAUUUUAUUUGUGUUUACUUGCAUGGCUGAUAUUUCAAAGUCAAGGUCGUCCUUUAUAUAUCCGGUCCCUUGGGACUUCUGCAACCACAGAAUCAUGAAUAUUAACUUCCUCUCUAGUUCUCUCUUCUUGUUUCUACUACUCUCAGUAUUUUCGAGUUUCAUCUCAGAUAGUGUAUUAAUCAAAUCUGAAACUUUGGUUAAUGAAAGAAACCUGCUACAGAAGAAGAAAGCAUGUCCAGUGAACUUUGAGUUUAUGAACUACACAAUCAUAACAAGCCAAUGCAAGGGUCCAAAAUACCCACCCAAGAAAUGUUGCUCUGCAUUCAAGGAAUUUGCUUGUCCAUACGCUGAUCAGCUGAACGACUUUCGCAAUGAUUGUGCAACCACUAUGUUCAGCUACAUCAACCUCUAUGGUAAAUACCCGCCUGGACUGUUCGCAAACAGCUGCCAAGAAAAAGGAGGUCUCAAGUGUCCAGGUCAAAAAUGAAGUCCUGCUCUAGUUAAACCAGGUGGUCCUAGUCUUCCUAUCUUCAAUAAUGUUCUUCUUAUCAGCAGCUUUGUCAACUUUUUGUAAAAAAAAAAAGUCGAUGCCGUUUACUUAAAAUCCUAUCAAUAAACAGCUAUUUCAUAUUGUCA